AUGCUCUUUUUCGAGCCACGCUACCACCUCUCCUACCUCUACCCCACCCGUACAACUGUCCGCGGCCUUGGUUCCCGCGCGUCGUCGCCCACGCCGCGCCGCGUCCCGCCCGUCAACACAGCGGACACAAAAGGCGGCGUUGGCAGCGACGCCGCGUUUUCAGCAGAAAAAGCGGCGCCCGGGGUCGAUCGGAAGUUUUCGCCACGGGAGUGCAGCGGGUCCCCGAAGCGGCGCGCCUUCCGGAACCUGCAGCAGGACUCCCGCAGCACCGAGUCCAUCAAGCCGCAGAGUGAUUUUGGAGCGGACAGUGGCAGUGGCAGUGGCAGUGGCAGCGGCAGAUGCGGCGGCGGCGGCGGCGACGACGGUGAGGACGGCGGGAGCGUUGAUGGCAGUGACGGAGAAAUCGGGGAGGGCGAAAGCGCCUCGACGUCAUCGUCUCUGUCACCGCCUCCGUCGCCGCCGCCGUCACCGCCGCUGUCGCCGCCGCUGGUGUCGGUGACGCUGUCGCUGACGGUGCGCAGGCGAUCGUGUGGGGGCCGCUGCUGUGGGCUUGGGUCCAGCAGCGUGAGCAGCACGGGCAGCGCGGGCUCGUCGGCCAGCGUCAAGACGACGGUGACGGUGAACGGGGCGUCGCAGGACGCCAACGGCCCGCUCUCUGGUGAGUCUUCGCGCAAGCGAUUUACUUUCUUCUGCAUCUACCCUGCUGACUGGAGGGCGCCGCAUCCUAGGCUCGAAUGGCCGUCGGGCUGCGGCCUUCCUCAGGGUAAAAUGGUUCGGAUCUGA